AAGUGACGCGCGCAGUGUUUGAAAUUAGCUCGCGGGCUCCCGUUUCCUCGCGUGUAGAUCUGUUUUCCAUAAGUGGUGCGCUCGGUUAUUAAUGGCAUAGAUUUGACGCCAUACAAAUCUCCCAGAACUUUGUAUAUGAGGCCAGUAACUUCACUAAAGCACCGAGUUUGAUGACACGAGACAGAACAUCACAUCAGACCAUCUAUGAACGUCUCCACACCCAGGUGAUCAGUUCCUGAGCUCAACCUGAUGAUGGCAGUGUGAACACACUGAAUUACCACAUGAUCUACCAACAUUUACACACACAAAUGGAGCAUUUGGCCCAGUUUGCUCUGCUUCAGUAAAAAAAAAAAUCUGAUAAAAACAUGUUUCCUUCAUGCUUUUAGUAGUUAUCUGUCUCUGAUAGCAGUGUGUUCCAGCAGGAGGCUGGACUGACGCAUGUUGGGUUAUGAGGAAACAGUCUGGAGCAUUAAAUAAGGAGCCACUGGGAAGCUACAAGUCAGAAGAUCACUAGCAGAGGUCUUACACGCACUGAAUCUGUAGGAUGGCUCCCGCUGUUCUUCUCAUCGGCUGUCUGCUCGCCACAAUCAGCUGCUUAACCACAGUUCAAUCUACCACAUCACCGCCUACUUCCGCACCACCUACAACUUCACCUACUCCAGUACUGACAACGACUACGACUACAAGUACAAUACCGCCUUCACCAGCACCGACUACAUCACCAUCUACUCUGGCACCGACUACAAGUACACCACCACCUACACCAACACCGACUACAAGUACAUCAGCACCAACUACAUCACCAUCUACUCUGGAACCAACGACAACUACAACACCAUCUACUCUGGCACCGACUACAAGUACACCACCACCUACACCGACUACAAGUACAUCAGCACCGACUACAUCACCAUCUACUCUGGAACCAACGACAGCUACAACACCAUCUACUCUGGCAUCGACUACAAGUACACCAACACCGACUACAAGUACAUCAGCACCGACUACAUCACCAUCUACUCUGGAACCAACGACAGCUACAACACCAUCUACUCUGGCACCGACUACAAGUACACCACCACCUACACCAACACCGACUACAAGUACAUCAGCACCGACUACAUCACCAUCUACUCUGGAACCAACGACAGCUACACCACCAUCUCCUCUGGAACCAACUACAAGUACAACACCACCUACACCACAAACUACCGGAACUACAACUACAGUCAGUUCACCAACAUAUGGAAGUUGUGCGAAUCCAGAUCUGUGCUGCUCUGGAUUGAAUAACAGCUGUCAUCGCAAAAAUUGUUAUUGUGAUGUUGCUUGUCUGAGAUUAAAAGACUGCUGCCCUGAUUUCAAACCCACCUGCCUCACAGUCCGUAACACCACCAACAACACACAAGAAAACACUUUGCCAUUGACAGGAACAUGUUCACAUCCGACUCUGUGCUGCAGUGGCUCAAACUUCAACUGUUUCAGAGGUUGUUUCUGUGACGAGGCCUGCAAACAACUCGACGACUGCUGUCCCGACCUCAACAGCACCUGCAAUUUCACUACCCCAACUGCAGCCCCUCCAGUUACUACUACUGCAACUCCACCCUUCAACUCCACUGCAGCUCCAGCUCCACCCUUCAACUCAACUGCAACUCCACCCUUCAACUCAACUGCAACUCCACCCUUCAACUCCACUGCAGCUCCACCCUUCAACUCCACUGCAGCUCCACCCUUCAACUCCACUGCAGCUCCACCCUUCAACUCCACUGCAGCUCCACCCUUCAACUCAACUGCAGCUCCAGCUCCACCCUUCAACUCAACUGCAGCUCCAGCUCCACCCUUCAACUCAACUGCAGCUCCAGCUCCACCCUUCAACUCCACUGCAGCUCCACCCAAAGAUGUUCUGACAUUACUCACUAAUCUGGAGGUGGAGGUUUUGGCCGAGGAGUCGUCCACUGAAGCAGAGCGUCAGAAAGCACUGCUUCAGGUUGCUGCUUUGGUGGAGAGCUUCUUAAGAGCAAAUAAUACUGACAUCUACUCUUUUGAGGUCACAAGAAUUGAGGCGCUAUCACCAUGUGACUAAGACAGAAAUCAGCCAAAAGGGACAAACAUAAAUAAAUCCUCAUUGAUGCAUGACUUUUACUAGUUUAAUAUGAGAUCUGAUUAUUUAUAGUGACGGAUCAACAAAAAUUUUGCAUUUGCUAACAAUACUUAACUUUUUGAUUGUGCUUUAAUCUUAAACAUUCAAGCAUUGUAGAUGUGUGAAGCAAACUAUGUAAAGAAUGUGUAAAGAAACAUCAGAUUGUUUAUCUGUUCUAAUGUAAUUCCUUGUUCCUCGUUCAUUUGCACGGAAAGGGGAAAAAAAAACCUACUGUUUUAACAUUGUCUUCAUUUUUGAGAUUCCUGUUUGUUGAUUGCACUGAAAAUUAACACAUGAUGGCUAACUCUUGUCAACCCUAACAAUUAGAAAAUUAAAACAAACCAUUAAAACUGUCA